CUUGAAUUGGAUUAAUGAUUAGAAACAAUUGGAGAAAAUGGUUUUUUUGUAGCUUAUCUCUUCUAAAAGUGUCAAGUACCAUUGAAAAAUUUACUAUAUAAACACUGUUUGCUGUAACCAAAUACACAGUUUCAUUUUGUUGUUCUUGUAAAAGAAAAAUCAAAAUGAAAGUUUUCGUCUUUCUCGCCGCCGUAGCAGUUGCCACCAACGCCCUCUCUGUCCACCAACACUGGGCAAACUUCAAAGUCAGAUACAAUAAAAACUAUGAAAGUUCUUCUGAAGAAUCUGUUCGUUUCGCCAUCUUCAACGAAAAUGUGAAACGCGUCAACGAACAUAAUGCCAAAUACGCAGCUGGUAAAACUACGUACACAUUAGCCAUCAACGAAUUCGCAGAUCUGACCAAAGAAGAAUUCAGGGCCAGACUUGGAAUUAGCACAAGCAAUGUACCUAAAAUCAAAACAACACGUCACGUUUUCCCCGAAAACCUCACUGUUGCUGAUACAAUUGAUUGGAGACAAAAAGGUGCCGUUUUGGGUGUCAAAAAUCAAGGUACAUGCGGUUCCUGCUGGUCAUUCAGUGCUACUGGUGCUCUUGAAGGACAAAACAUCAUUUUGAAUAAAGUAACAACUUCCUUGAGUGAACAGCAAUUGGUUGAUUGUUCCAGUAAAUACGGAAAUCUUGGUUGCAACGGUGGAUUGAUGGACUCAGCUUUCGCAUAUAUCAAAGAUUAUGGUAUUCAAAGUGAAUCUAGUUAUCCAUACAAAGGUGUACAAGGUAGAUGCGUAGCUAAUAGCAAACUUGCUGUUCUUUGGGCCAAAGGUUUCAAGGAUGUUGCCCCAACAGAGGAUGCUUUAAAACUAGCCGUAGGAUCUAUUGGACCAAUUUCCAUUGGUGUAAAUGCUGAUCCUCUUCAACUCUACGGCUCUGGAAUCAUUGACGACCCAACUUGUGACGACCAGAUUGAUCAUGGGGUUCUUGCCAUAGGAUACGGUACAGAAAAUGGUGUUGAUUACUGGUUAAUCAAGAACUCAUGGGGUACUGUCUGGGGUGAAGCCGGAUAUUACAGAAUGAGAAGAAACGCCAAUCAAUGUGGUAUCACCACUUUGGUUUCGUACCCACUUAUUUGAAUGUAAUUAUUAAUGGAAUACAAAAUAAUAACUUUUA